AUGACUAAGUCAUGGGAAAAGUUCCUGAAGACCCUCACGACCGUCUAUCGAGCAAACCAUAUACGCGCGAACUGGGAGAGGAACGGCGUUGAGGCAGGCUCUGGCGUCCUCGCCGUCCACGACGCUUCCGGCAUUUCUUGUGCCGGCUUUGCAGUCUUUGCCCCGACGCCAAUUUUCCGCAACACCCAUCCGACCCUCGAAACUUGGCCGGACGCCUCUGUCAAUUCCUCCUGGCGUAGAGUUAUUGGUUGGCGAACCUCUGCUGAAAAGGGACCCGACGAGCUACUUGAAGGUGUACAAGAGGACGGUUUCUGUCACAGGACCUCUGGGUUCGUAUUGGGCACCCGGAUAACGGGCCUAGCGAAGCCUUUGCUGAUCGUGUUCGGUAUAGGCAAACUGGAAUUCGAGAUCGAGCCCUUCGUGAAAAUUGAGCAGGAUGCCGAGUCUAGCAGAGCGAUCCUCUCUGUCGAGGACUCCAACAUCAAGGAGCAGCGCGAGAUGUGGGGCACGACAUGGGCGUAUCUUCAGCGCUACAUCAUGGGUGUCUCCGAAGGCCACACGGCUCUCCUGCGUUUAGUCGGUAUCGGUUACCGUGCGUCUGUCGAGAAGCGCAGCGGCAAGGAGGAAUACAAGGGCCAGGACUUUCUGUGCUUGAAGCUCGGCUUCACGCACCCUGUCGAGAUGGGUAUUCCCAAGGGCGUCAAGGUCACCCUCGCCUCGCCGACACGCAUCUUGCUGGAGGGCAUCGACCGAGAAGAAAUCAUGAGCUUUGCUGGAAGGGUUAGAAAGUGGAGGCCGCCCGAGCCGUACAAGGGCAAGGGUGUGUUCAUCAACGACCAGACGAUCAAGUUGAAGCAGAAGAAGAUCAAAUAA